AUACGUAUAGUUAUAUAUAUUUUAUUACGUCUUUAUAACAAAUACCAUUGUUAAGAAUAUAUUAUUAUAAAUGUUUUGAUAAUAAAGACGACCAUUAUAGGAAUAAUAGAUUGCAUGGCACGGCCAUUUUAAUUCACAUUUGAACUGUCAAUGACAACGAACGCGUCAUAAGAUGGAUUUUAUUAUUUUCGUUUUAAUAUUUACAUUAGAUUCAUGUGUGGCCAGUUACCAUGAACAGUAUAGAGUUCCGAUCGCCGCAUCCGAUACUUGGGAAUCGUACAUAUUUAUCGGCAAGGAGUAUUUGAUACAGAAUUUACCCGUGAAUUGGGAGAAUGCUAAACUUAUAUGUCAAGGCCACCACAACGGCUCGCUGGCUGUUCUCGAUACGAGGGAGAAAGCCGAAUUCAUGGCGGAAGCUCUGUCAGAAUUGCAGUUCUCGGUUGAUUCAGUGUGGGUCGGAGCCAGGCGGGCUUCCAGCGAGGAUCCGGAAGGAUACCGCUGGAUCCAAGGUAUGGAAUUAAGGAGAACCGCGUCGGAUGUACUCAACAACGAGGCCGAUGACUACAACAGGCACUAUCCUAUGUGGUUGAACCGUAUCCACAUCCCAGUACCGCCUGGUGGAGCGGACUGUGUGGCCUUGGAGAGAGUGCGCCAUGAUGUACCAGUCUUCAUGGACCUCCCGUGUGACUUGAAACGGGCAUUCGUCUGUAUGAGAGACGCUCACGUGGACGUGAAGAUACAGAGAGUUGGAACUGUUCGCUGCAGCUCCGGAUCCUAUCAGCUCUUUGAUGGAAGGUUGGACUGGAAGCAAGCGGCUGCGUACUGCGUGUUGAGAGACAUGGCGUUAGCCAACGUGGCGUCUGAGAGGUGUCUUAGGAAACUCGGCUUAACGAUGUUGAAAUCACGUCCAAGCGUAGAGAGCGCGUGGAUCGGUGGCAGGGGCUCGCUUGGUAACUGGUCCUGGCUAGACACCGGCGUCAGCAUAUUCAAUCCCGGGCAAAACAACGUCUCACAAUGGCCGCCGAUGAGAGACAGAAAAAUAAUAAAACAAAAUGGCUGCUUACAAAUUGAUAGACACGAAACUAGAUCACCCGUGUUCUUAGAAGCUCGCUGCGAAAGGAGAUUGCAGUUCAUAUGCUACAAAGGUACGCGACAACCUCUCCCGUCACAGUCGGAUGAUAUUUAUCAAUACGUGGUGAUACGCCAGUCCUUAUUCUGGCAGCACGCGUACGACAAUUGCAUCACAAUGAACGGCUCGUUGGCUACUGUUGAUAGCAAUGACGUACUUAUACAACUCCUGUUGUCUAUGGGAGAGAGUGGGGAUACGCCUGUGGAACACGUCUGGAUAUCUGGUCGCCUGAACAUGUCACGAGAUGUCGCCACUGACGUCACCAGCUACACCUGGUACAACCCGACCAGCGGGAAAAAGAUCCCGGAUCCGAAGACUGGCGACAACACCGGCUUAUAUAUGCCGCCAUGGUUGGAUGACGAGUUCACCAUGGACAGCCCGUGUCUUAACCUGGACCGUCAAGACCACCUCAACGGCCUGGUCUAUGGUCUCCCGUGUGACACUCCACAGUAUUCAAUAUGCAUGAUAGAGAAGUCAGCCACAAGAUCGUACCCUCAAGUCGGGAGUGACGGAUAUGAAACGGCCUAAAUAAUGUAUACACAUACAUAACUUAGCCCGUGACUUCGUCCUUGAAUAAUCUAUGUUUAUUAUAUAUAUUAAUAAAUAUAAAUUAAAUUUCUGAAAUACUUAAUUACUCCCUAAUACAUAAACUAUCUGAUUAUGAAAGUGCCAUCAAGAUUCAUCCAAAUGUUCAAGAGAUCAGCCGUAACAAAUAGAUAGACACACAAACAAAGCAGCUGUUUCAUAGUACAAACAGAAAAUAAAAUCUUAUAUAUAUAUA